UAUUGUUGUCGCACAGUGAUGGGCGCAGCGUCGUCAAGGUUGCGUGUGCGCUGGCAGCGGGCAGUGAGCGUGUGAAAUCUCAGCGGGCGAGUUUUUUUGUGCAGCAUGUUGCCGUACCAGGCGGUGGCGAUGGACUACGCCGUCACGUCGUCCUUUCAGCGGCAGCCGGGUUCUGGUGCGCUCAUCAACCCGGCCUUCACGCACUCCUGCAUCUUGGAGGUGCGGAAGGAGAAGAGUCGAGAUGCAGCUCGCAUCCGGCGCGGCAAGGAGAACUUCGAGUUCUACGAGCUGGCCAAGAUGCUGCCCCUGCCCGCCGCCAUUACGUCGCAGCUGGACAAGGCGUCCAUCAUCCGGCUGACCAUUUCCUACCUCAAGCUGCGCGACUUCUCGGGCCACGGCGACCCGCCAUGGAGUCGCGACGGCCCGCCGCCGAAUAAAAGCGUUAAGGGCCCUGUCCGGCCGCGUUCUGUUGCUGGAAUAGCGAUGGAAAUGUUCGAGCAGCACCAAGGAACCCAUAUUCUGCAAUCGCUGGACGGAUUCGCCUUCGCCCUGGCUGCAGACGCGCGGUUUCUGUACAUUUCGGAGACCGUCUCCAUCUACCUGGGUCUCUCACAGGUGGAGAUGACGGGCAGCAGCAUCUUCGAGUACAUCCACCAGCAGGACCACGCGGAGCUGGCCGAGCAGCUGGGUCUGGGGCUGGCGCAGGGGCAGUCGCUCGCCUCGCCCGGCAGCGCGGGCUCCGAGGAGGGCGCGCCCCAGGGCACCAACAACCCCGACGUGGCGACGCAGAUGAGCUUGAGUAGCAGCUCGGCGUACAAGGGGCUGGACCGAGCCUUCUGCGUACGGAUGAAGUCCACGCUAACGAAGCGGGGCUGCCACUUCAAGUCUUCGGGAUACCGGGUGGUGCUGGUGCUGAGCCGGCUGCGGCCGCAGUACACGUUCUCGCACGCGCGCAAGUCGUCGCCGCCGCUGCUGGGCAUGGUGGCCAUCGCCAUGGCGCUGCCGCCGCCCAGCGUCCACGAGAUCCGCCUCGAGUCCGACAUGUUCGUCACACGUAUCAACUUCGACUUCCGGAUAGCGCACUGCGAACCUAGGGUAUCAGAAUUACUCGACUACACGGCCGACGAACUGACAGGCAAGAACCUCUACACAUUGUGCCACGGGGAAGACGCCAACAAGCUGAGGAAAUCCCACCUCGACUUGAUCAACAAGGGGCAGGUGAUGACGCAGUAUUACAGGUUAAUGAACAAGAGCGGAGGCUACACGUGGGUGCAGACGUGCGCCACCGUCGUCUGCAACUCGAAGAACGCAGACGAGCAGAACAUCAUCUGCGUCAACUACAUUAUCAGCGGACGCGAGUACGAGAACGUGGUGAUGGACUGCUGCCAGAUGGACGACGCCGUGCCGCAGACAGUCAAGAGGGAGGACAACGACCCCGAGAACCCCUCUCCCGACGCCGACAGGCCCGGCGGUCGCAGCAGCGGCGCGGGCGCGGCCAGCCAGCAGCAGCCGCCGCAGCAGCCGCAGCCGGAGCCCCAUCGGUCGCCGCCGGACCUGGAGGAGGGCUCUUCGCAGGGCGCGGCCGGCGCCGGCGCGGGCGCUGGCGCGGGGGAGCCGCACGGCAGACGGCUCGCCGCCCCCGCACCCGGCCCAUCGCAGCUCGGCGGCGGGCUGAGCAUCCGCGCGCUCAAGAAGCUGGCGGCGACGCGCGGACGCCCGCACAAGCGCAAGCUGCUUUCUGACGAGGACAGCAGCUGCUGCAGCUCCGACGAAGACGACGAGGACGACGAGGACUCGUCGGCGGCAGCGGCGGCGGCUGCGGCGGCGGCGUCGGUGGCGGCGUCGGCGGCGGCGGCGGUGGCGAUGGCGGCGGCGGCGGCCAAGCGAGCGGCCGUGCUCAGCCCCGCGUCCUCGUCCUGCCACUCGUCGUCGGCGGCGGCCGCGCUGCCCUCCGAUCACAGCCCCAAGCCCGACGACCCCGACGGCCAGCCCGGGCCCCCAGGUGGUGGUGGAGCAGGGGGCGGCGGUACGUCGGUGAAAGACCUGGAGCACGCCAUGUCGAAGCACCUCCCGGCGGCCACGCCACCACAGCAGCAGCAGCAGCAGCCGACGGACUUCAGCACGGACGCGCUUCUGAAGCAGCAACAGCAGCAGCAGCAGCAGCAGCAGCGGAGUACGAUCCAGUGGAUCGGCGCGCAUCACCUGGGGGCGCACGGCGCGCACCAGGCGACGGCGGCCGGCCCGCUGCCCGCGUCGGCGCUGCUGCGCCAGCUGUACGCCAACCGCGAGAGCGUCAUCCGCGCCAACGUGCACGCUGCCGCCGCCGCGCGCGGCUCCUCCGCCUACUACACCGCCGACCAGGUGUACUCUGCUGUACAUCCAUCGGCCCUAGAUGCUGCAUACUCAUCGCUAGACCAGGCACAAUUCUAUCACCACCAUGGGGCAGCACAAGCAUUUCAUCUCUACCAUCCAGCAGCUAAUAAGACAGUGACAGCCACAGCAACUGUCUACCCAGAAGCGCUGAAGAACUCUGCCAACUGGUAUUCCACCACUUCCUAGUACAGCCAAUGCAGCCCUUCAGAAUAUUUGUACUUAAUGUCAACACAUGUAAUAUAACAUACAGUUCAUUUUUCAGUGUAAGAUAUUACAGAGUGUGUCUAGUGAGCACAUUUGGGUGAGAAGAAACUGCAGGCCAAAGUAAACUUUCUGCUCUGUUUUCUGAGACUAUAGUGAAAAUUCAGUCUGUCCGAUUAUUUAACAGAGCUUGGAACUGAAGUGAUAAGCAUUCCAAGUGUACAGGAAGCUUUCUUUUACAUAUUUCCUUCAUAUGUAGGUCAUACAGUUUGCAGAAGAAAUAUUUGUAGCUGCAGCUGUGUCACUGCAGCAUGGAUGAAUGCAGAUACUUUUACAGACAAAGCUAAAAUACAGUCUGAGAUUGUUCUGCCUUACAGAUGAUGGAGAGGUAUGAUUCAGCCCCAUUGGAUCCAGAUGGAGGGCUAAAAAGUCAAUGACAAGGAGUAUUCUUAGCUCAAGCAUAAUAAUACUCUACAAUUUCUUGUGUCUGGUUAAGAACACUAUCAAAGAUUCACAAUUAACUGCUUCACACACUGAAAAAAAUUGUGAUUGGCACUCAGUUGUAUUCUACUAGAUUCAGUGUUAAUGUUUAAGCAGUUACAGCUUCAACAACAGCAGCAUUAGUUACAUGAAGAAAGAAGACUCAAUUUCUUCAGAACUGUGUUUUAAUGUCAUCCUGUGCCACAUUGCACUGUUGACUCACAAUGUAUAUUUUCUCAGUCGAAGAAUUUUGCUAUUAAUUAUAUGUAAUUGUGUCCAGUUAGGCCUAUUCUUUCUUGUAGUUUCCUUGUCUCCAUAUUUAUUAAGUAAUACAGCUAUUAGCAAGAACUGUUGAAUGUUGACAUUUUCUGCUAUUAAAGUUUCAUGUGUUAAAUUGUAUUAGGAUAUGUUUUGCAUAUCUUCUUAUGCAGAAUAAUUGGAACCAAUAUUUCCAAUUUUUCAGUGUAAGUGAACAAAUGUUACAAGUCAUUUUUUUGUGCAUGGUUGUGUUUAUAAUUUUUCUGCACUACUGUUCAUUCAUAUAUGGAAAUAAUUCUGAAAUGUUAUUAGAAUGAAAGUAAUGAAGUGUGUGUAUGAUGGUAUAUAAAAAUGUAACAUAUAAAUAUGUGUGUUUACGUGUUUCAAAUGUGAUUGAAGUUAAUGUGAUGGUUACUGAUAAGAGAUAUAGUUCUGAAAUUUUUCAGAAUGAGAAUUAUGUGACAGUGUAUUUACGAUCAGAUUUUUACUGUAAGUAAUGGACACUUUUCAAUAGGUAUUUUUGCCUAGCAUUAUAACUAAAUGAUGCAUAAACCAAAGUUAGAAGUGCUAUUUUGAAGGAGGGCUGCUUCAGUUUUUGUGCCAUUGACCUGUGCAAUAGUCUGUGGUGACGAAGUUAAAACAGAAACUUCAACAGGUUCAUAAAAGCUGUGAAAAUCAGAAUUGAGAACAUUGGCAUCAUGAGUAUACACACAUUUCUGCAUUUGGUAGCCAUCAUCUUUAGCUCUAGAUUUGAGCUUGUAACAGAAAUGAAAAUUCUGAGACCAUGGCGAAUAUCAAAUUUCAUUUAUAUUGCAAGCCAAAGGGAACUCAGAGCAAUAAAAACUUUCAAAGAAACAACUGUACUACUGAGAAAGUUUUUGAUACAACUAUAGAAAAAAACAUAACACUGGCAAUUGGCAUGUAUGAUAUGUAUUAGUUUGGGUUGCAUAUUGCUGUGAAAACCAGGAGCACAUUCGAUGUUCAUAAAUGUUUUCUGUCCCUCAAAAAUAAAUUUUGUUUAGAUAUCAUAUGCAAAAAUACAUAACUCAAAAGUAAGCAAUAAGGAUUUUUUU